GCAACGGCGGCGGCUACGCCCAUUCCGUCGUGCACCGUCGACGGCCGUCGCCGGCGUGUGGCCACGGCGAAGGUGGUCGGCCCAGACGGCUCUUUGGUGCAGUUCGCGGCGCCCGUCAUGGCGGGCGAGGCGCUGGGGGACGCCGCCAGCGCGUCGAGCUUCCUGUGCAGCGCCGACGAGCUCCGCUUCGACGCGCCCGCCCGUGCGCUGGCGGCCGAGGAGGCGCUGCAGCCCGUGUGGCUCUACUUCGCGAGCUCCGCUUCGACGCGCCCGCCCGUGCGCUGGCGGCCGAGGAGGCGCUGCAGCCCGGGUGGCUCUACUUCGCGCUGCCCAUGUCCAUGCUCCGCCGGCCGCUCUCCGGGCAGGAGAUGGCCGCCCUCGCCGUCAAGGCCAGCUCCGCGCUCGCCGUCGCCAGCGGUCUCCUUCUCAAACAAAGAAACCGUCCCGACCCGGAUUGGAGUUCGCUGCUAUAAGUUGAAUUGUUCUUGGCCCGAAUCAUGAACCAGGCCAGCGCCACCAGCGAGUAGUGCACCGUCGCUUAUGCUCCGCAUCAUGUCGCCUUUGAGUACGCUGGAGGAACAGGCACCGAGUUCGCCUUUGAGUACGCCGGAGGAACCGGCACCGAGUUCGCCUUUGAGUACGCCGGAGGAACCGGCACCGUGUUCGCCGGAAUUCUUGGUCCAGAGAAGCACUCUGAGUCCAACGGUGGCUACAACACAGGUAUGUGAUGCCUCGACCUCCCUCAAAAACAGCCCUGCUGUUGCCCCUUCCCUCAAGCUUUUGUGUGUUCAGAGUAUCUGUAUUGUUUGAUUUUUUGCAUGCACUGUGGCUGGACAUGAUGUUGGCAGUGUAUAUCUUCUAGGCCAAUUACUGAAUAAAUCUGACCAUGGUUGAUUCGGCAGUGUACUGAUUGCUUAGUAUAGAUUGAAGCAGCUUAUGCAUUGGUGGGGCUGACAACUGAAGGAACUGCCCUGUUGUUGCCCCUUCCCUCAAGCUUUUGUUCUUCAGAGAUUUAUUUAGAGAGAUGGUAACUGAGCAGUAGGUUGUUUUCUGUAUUGUUUGAUUUUUUACAUGCACUGUGGCUGGACAUGAUGUUGGCAAAUACACUAGAGAUUAUGCUGCAAUCUAGCAUAUAUCUUCUAGGCCAAUUACUGAAUAAAUGUGACGAUGUUUGAUUCGGCA